UUAUAGAGAAAGCGAAUGUUUGGCCACCUGUAAUAAAUAAUAUAAAAGAAACAUAGACGACUUUCUCUCAUCUGGCUUUUCGCUAUUAUUUUCUUUACUGCUCUGCAAAACGAGGAGAAGUAAUAUUUAUAUGUUCUACGGAGCGAGCGAGCGGAUUAAUGCUGCUAGACAUCUCACAAAUACGAGGCACUGAUCGUCUUCUCAGUUGAUGGUAUUGAAUGAAGUACAUGGAUGAUGAGGACAGAAAAGGGUUACUAAAUUCCUUGAAUGAUGGAAAUUUGGACGAAAAAAGUCUGAAGGAUUAUGUGGCACUUAAAUUGACAUCUAUUAAAGCUGAACACGAUGCAGCUAUUCGUGAGAGGAAUAAAGCAAUUGCAGAAAAAAAAAUUGCUAUUGCAGAGAGGGAUGCAGCUUAUGAACAGAGGGAUGCUGCUAUUGCUCAGCGAGAAGAAGCGAUAAUGGAACGAGAUGCUGCAGUUGCGGCUCUCGAAAAUGCAAGGGAAGAGAGAAGUCCUGGAUGGCAUGCUUACAAGGCUCAAUUAGCACAGAUGGUGGGUUCUCCACACUUAACACAGAUGGGUGCUUGUAGUAGAGAUGCAAGAUUUUUUCAGACCAUAAACAUACACCAUGAGUGUACAUAUGGAAUUGGAAGUGAUGAAUUUCCUACCCUAACUGCUGGGACAUCUGAACUAGUACCAGUCUUGGAAUGUGAAGCAACACCAAAGCCUAGUACCCAGAUUGUUGUCAAGGAACCUAAGAAAGGAAGAAAAUCAAAGAAAAGAUCUCAAGAUGUGGAUGGUAGUAUCCUCCAAGCUCCCAAUUCCUCUAAGGGGUGGGUGCAAGGGCAGCAGUCUGAAGUUCCAAAUGGGAUGGAAGUUGGUCCAGAGGGAAAGGAUGGUGAGAACAAUUCUGAUAAUGGUAGUGUUGUAUCUAAUACACCCAUGCCUAUACCAUACUGUUCAUGUACUGGGGCAAAUCAACUGUGUUACAGAUGGGGAAUUGGAGGCUGGCAGUCAGCUUGCUGCACUACAAUGAUGUCUAUGUAUCCAUUACCUAUGAAUCCUAAUAAGAAAGGCUAUCGGUUUCCAGGUCGAAAAAUGAGUGCAGGAGCAUUUCAGAAACUACUGCUAAGGUUGUCAUCACAAGGAAUUGAUGUGACUAAACCAGUAGAUUUGAAAGAUCAUUGGGCAAAACAUGGCACAAAUCGGUAUGUCACCAUUAAGUAGCAGUAACGAGGAUUUAUUCAACAAGCUUGUCAAGUCCAGCUGUAAAUAGAGUUGGUCCCACUCCAUAAAGCAUGGAACAAAUGUCUAGAAACUGCUAUAUAGUAAUACCUGGGUUUUUUGGAUGAGCUUUUGAAGCAUAGAAGGAAUCACUUUGUGUUGUCACUUAUACAGACUAUAUAGCAAGAUCACUUAAACGGUUGAUAAGUGUGAAAGUUCUUUGUAGAAUGACAAUCAAAAUGUUACAAGUGAGAGGGAAUUCUUCUCGCAUGGGACAAACGACAAAUGAUAGCAAUCACACGGUGUAUAGCUAUGUACCUGUAUGACAUGUUUAAUACAUUGGAUUACCAUUCACAAUAGUAGGUAAUUACGCCCUGAAUUCCACAUGAAUUCUUUGCUCUACUAGUUCAAUUCAUAAAGAUAGAGAAACAAUGUUUUGGAUUCAUUGAGUGAAAUAAAAGCAUUGUGAUUUUUCACACCUUUCUUGUGUCACAAA